AUGAUGGAGGAGUACCAACCAGAGCUCUGCUUUCCACAACUCAUCAACAUCUCCUGUAAGAAGUCCAUGUCUCAUUGGUCUCAAGGUGUUCUCUUGAAUGUUCUUCUGACCAUCAUCUGCAUCAUCACUGUGGUUCUCAACCUGCUGGUCAUCAUCUCAAUCUCCCACUUCAGGCAGCUCCACACUCCUACAAACCUCCUCCUCCUCUCUCUCGCGGUGUCUGACUUUCUGGUGGGUCUCCUGGUGUUACCGAUUAAGAUCUACAUGAGAAUAUCCUGCUGGACUUUUGGUGAUGUUCUUUGUUCUCUGUGGUUCUACAUGACUGUGUCACUGACUUCCGUAUCAGUAGGAAACAUGGUGCUGAUAUCUGCUGACCGUUAUGUGGCUAUUUGUGAUCCUCUGCAUUAUAAUACCAAAGUCACUGUAAAAAAAGUUCAACUUUUUGUUUGUAUUUGUUGGCUUUUUGCUUUUCUCCUCUGUAGCAUAAUUUCAAAGGACGGACUGACUCAUCCUGGAAAGUCUAAUUCCUGCUAUGGAGAGUGUGUUAUUGGUAUAGACUUCGAAGGUGGGAUUAUUGACCUUAUUGUGGUGUUUAUUAUUCCUCUCAGCAUCAUCAUCACUCUGUACAUGAGAGUGUUUGUGGUUGCUGUGUCUCAGGCCCGAGCCAUGCGCUGUCAUGUUACAUCAUUCAAACCACAUUUAGUCACAGUAAGAGCAAAGACAUCCGAGUUGAAAGCAGCCAGGACUCUGAGUGUCCUUGUCCUUGUCUUCCUCAUGUGUCUCUGUCCAUAUUAUAUUGUUUCUUUUGCAGGUGACAACAAAAUGCUGUCCGCAUUUGCAACUUAUUCUCUGUAUCUAUACGCUUUAAACUCCUUUUUUAACCCGUUAAUAUAUGCUUUGUUCUAUCCCUGGUUUAGAAGAGCUAUUAAACACAUUGUCACUCUGCACAUACUGCAGCCUGGUUCCUGUGGGGACAACAUACUGUAA